AUGAACUACUGCAAGUUGGGUGCCGAGAGGAAGGACGAAGAGCAUGCGCGGAGUGAAGGCUACAUCCUCGGACAUCACCCAUUAAUGCGCCGCUGUCUCAAAAAGCAGCCGCAAGGGCGCUGCAGUGAGGCUAGAAUCGCCAGGGAGAGACGUGCAAACAAACGCGGGGACGAGCGCGGCAGCCUGGAACGUACGGCGCCCAUCACGCCUGCAGACACGAUCCCAGCCCAACCGUUGACAUGGUUUUAUGUUGGCAUCGGAGCUACUGCUUUGAUUUUUGGCUACAUGCAGGUUUCUUUUUGGGUGAUGACAGCUGCGCGACAAACCAGGAGAAUUCAAAAGCAGUUUUUUCAUUCCAUGCUGGCACAGGACAUCAGUUGGUUUGAUGGCAAUGACAUAGGUGAACUGAACACUCGCAUGACUGAAGACAUCAACAAAAUCGGUGAGGGUAUUGGAGACAAGGUCGCUCUGUUGUUUCAAAACUUAACUGCUUUCUCAGUUGGCCUGGUGAUUGGCCUGAUAAAGAGCUGGAAACUCACCCUGGUGACUCUGUCCACAUCUCCUCUCAUCAUGGCUUCUGCGGCAGUGUGUUGUAAGAUGGUCAUCUCACUGACCAGUAAGGAGUUGAGUGCCUAUUCCAAAGCUGGGGCUGUAGCAGAAGAAGUCUUGUCAUCAAUCCGAACAGUCAUAGCCUUUGGAGCCCAAGAGAAAGAAAUUCAAAGGUACACACAGAACCUAAAAGAUGCAAGGGAUGUUGGCAUCAAGAAAGCUAUAGUUUCCAAGAUGUCUAUUGGUGCUGUAUACUUGUUUAUGAAUGGGACAUAUGGACUUGCUUUUUGGUAUGGAACCUCCUUGAUUCUAAAUGGAGAGCCCGGUUACUCCAUUGGGACUAUUCUUGCUGUUUUCUUUAGUGUGAUCCAUAGUAGUUACUGCCUUGGGUCAGCAAUCCCUCACUUUGAAACCUUCACUGUAGCCCGGGAAGCAGCCUUCAGUAUCUUCCAGAUCAUUGACAGGAAACCCAGUAUAGAUAACUUUUCAACAACUGGAUAUAAACCUGAAUGCGUAAAAGGAACCAUAGAAUUUAAAAACGUUUCUUUCAGUUAUCCAUCCAGACCAGCUAUGAAGGUUCUGAAAGGUCUGAAUCUCAAGGUCAAGUCUGGAGAGACCGUGGCGCUGGUGGGCCCCAGCGGCAGCGGGAAGAGCACAAUGGUACAGCUGCUGCAGAGGCUGUAUGACCCGGAGGAAGGCUCUAUCACCGUGGAUGACAAUGACAUCCGAGCCCUAAAUGUGCGGCAUUAUCGAAAACAUGUUGGGGUGGUCAGCCAGGAGCCUGUUUUGUUUGGGACCACCAUCAGUAACAACAUUAAGUAUGGUCGAGACGCUGUCACCGAGGAAGAGAUGGAGACGGCAGCGAAAGAGGCGACCGCCUACGACUUCAUCAUGGAGCUUCCCGACAAAUUUAAUACAUUGGUAGGAGAAAAAGGAGUUCAAAUGAGUGGAGGGCAGAAGCAGAAAAUUGCCAUUGCACGAGCUUUAGUGCGAAACCCCAAGAUUCUGAUCUUAGAUGAAGCCACAUCUGCCCUCGAUACUGAGAGCGAGUUGGCGGUUCAAGCUGCACUGGAGAAGGCAAGCAAAGUUCGGACUACAAUCAUGGUAGCACACAGGCUGUCCACAGUCCAAAGCGCAGAUCUGAUUGUGAUGGUAAAGGAAGGUACCGUGGUCGAGAAAGGAAGACAUGCCGAGCUCAUGGCAAAACGAGGGCUGUAUUACUCACUUAUGAUGGCACAGGAUACUGAAAAGGCAGAUGAACGAGGGCAGUCAGUGGCAUGUUCUGAAGGAAAUACCAGCUGUGUUUCUCUGUGUGCUAUGAGCAGCGUGAAGUUAGAUUGCACUGACCAAUCUGUGGAAUCCAUCCACCAUCCAGAGACAAGUCUUCCUGAAGUCUCUCUAUUAAAAAUACUUAAGUUAAACAAGACUGAAUGGUCUUCUGUGGUUUUGGGAACACUGGCUUCUGUUCUAAAUGGAUCUGUUCACCCAGCAUUUUCCAUCAUCUUUGCAAAAAUGGUAACUAUCUUUGAAGACCAUGAUAAAAGUACAUUGAAGCGGGAUGCAGAAAUCUAUUCCGUGAUAUUAGUCAUUUUUGGCAUUGUUUGUUUUGUCAGUUAUUUCAUGCAGGGAUAUUUUUAUGGUCGAGCUGGGGAGAGCUUAGCCAUGAGAUUAAGACGGUUGGCAUUCAAAGCUAUGUUAUAUCAGGAUAUCGCGUGGUUUGAUGACAAGGAAAACAGCACGGGAGCCUUGACCACAACCUUAGCCACAGAUAUAGAAGAAAUUCAAGGGGCAACAAUUUCAAGAAUUGGCAUCAUAGCACAAAAUGCAACUAACAUGGGACUGUCAGUAAUCAUUUCCUUUAUAUACGGAUGGGAGAUGACACUCCUGAUUCUGAGUGUGGCUCCAGUGCUUGUUUUCACAGGAAUGAUUGGAACCUCAGCAGCUACUGGAUUUGCCAAUAAGAAUAAGCAAGAGCUUAAGCAUGCUGGAAAGAUAGCCACAGAAGCUAUGGAGAAUAUACGUACUAUCGUGUCAUUGACACGAGAGAAGACCUUUGAGCAAAUGUAUGAAGAGACGCUUCAGACCCAGCACAGGAAUAACUUGAAGAAAGCACAGAUCGUUGGAGGCUGCUACGCAUUCGGCCAUGCCUUUCUGUAUUUUGCCCAUGCCGCAGCAUUUCAAUUUGGAGCCUAUUUGGUUCAAGCUGGAAGAAUGACACCAGAAGGAAUGUUCAUAGUUUUUACUGCGAUUGCAUACGGAGCCUUGGCCAUUGGAGAAACCCUCGUUUGGGCACCUGAAUAUUCCAAAGCCAAAUGUGGAGCUGCACAUCUGCUUGCUUUGCUGGAAAAGAAGCCAACUAUAGACAGCUGCAGUCAGAAAGGGAAGAAACCAGACACAUGCGAAGGGCAUGUAGAGUUUCGAGAAGUCUCCUUCUUCUACCCAUGUCGCCCAGACGUCCUCAUUCUCCGUGACUUAUCCUUCAGCAUUGAGAAAGGGAAGACAGUAGCAUUCGUUGGGAGCAUCGGCUGUGGGAAAAGCACAUCGGUUCAGCUGCUACAGAGGUUUUACGACCCCGUGAAAGGACAAGUGCUUCUUGAUGGGGUAGAUGCAAAAGAGUUGGACGUGCAGUGGCUCCGUUCCCAGAUAGCCACCGUUGCUCAAGAGCCCGUGCUCUUCAACGGCAGCGUCGCGGAGAACAUCGCCUAUGGUGAUAACAGCCGCGUGGUGCCUUUGGAGGAGAUCAAGGAGGCCGCACGAGCAGCCAAUAUCCAUUCUUUCAUCGAAGGUCUCCCCGAGAAAUACAACACACAAGUAGGCCUGAGAGGGGCCCAGCUUUCCGGUGGACAGAAGCAAAGACUGGCUAUAGCCAGAGCUCUUCUCCGGAAGCCAAAAAUUUUACUGCUGGACGAGGCCACUUCAUCCCUGGAUAAUGAGAGUGCAAAGGUGGUUCAGCUUGCUCUGGAGGAAGCCCGGAGAGGGAGGACCUGCCUCAUGGUGGCUCACAGACUCUCCACAAUACAGAAUGCAGAUCUGAUAGUGGUUCUGCAAAAUGGGAAAAUAAAGGAACAAGGAACUCACCAGGAGCUCCUGAGAAAGCGAGACGUGUACUUUAAAUUAGUCAAAGCACAGUCAGUGCACUGUGUUACAUAG